AUGUCUCAACACGGUAAAGCCGCACACGAUUUGCUUGGCGGAGAGCGCAGUCUCCAGAAACGAGGCCGGGACGACGACUGUGAACAAGGCGAUGAGGGUGCCGCCAAACGAGCAAAGGCACCAGUCGAGACUUGCGCCGUAAAGGGCGAAUCGUCCGAAGUCCGUACCACGAUUCCUGGUGGCGACCCUAAUGUUUCCGGGGAACUCACCAUAGCCGAGAUAAUCGCAGAAAAGCAACUUGAGAUCGACGUUGCGGAGCAACGGUCGCUGCGGCGGACGGAGUUGGAGCAGCACAACAGUGAAAUCAGUAGACUCAGGGAGCGCGAACAGAAAGCGCGCGGCGAGCUUACGAGCACCUUGGAGCGGAACAUCACAGCAGCGACGAGCUUUCUGGAGCAAGCAGCGAAAGACGGAUUCUGCGACAGUAAAUAUCACGUCUUUACUCAGGAAGUCUUCAAGUCGAAGGACUGGAAGGAUAUAGUUGGUCGCCUGAUCGCGGAAAGUGUGAGCUGCUUAGGGUGCUCCAUGGAGCCAACGUCACAGGAAAGCCACAGUCAGGCUGUCCAAGGUCCUGUCAGACUCUCCGAUAUCCCCCGGACCAACACCUCGGUCAUUGCCGGCCUCGCGUCUUCUUCGGGUCCGAUACCCCAUCCACCUUUUGUCGAGACACCUUCCGGCAGCAGGGAGGGGGAUAUCAUGGAGGACGCUUUCCCAGACUGGAUCAACAGACACCAGAUCACCGCAGACCGCUUUGGUGUUUUCCAUUUAUUGUACGGCAAUUCCAGAUUCUGCCAAUGUGAGGAGUGCUAUCAGUCUGAUCACGAGGAGGACGAGUUGCGGGAGGAUAACGAGUUCGCUUGA